UAGAAUCGAUUUCUUCUCGAUUUCACCUAUUUUUAUUUCGCGAGUUUGUCUUUAGGUCAGACCGAAUAGGGAAACUUUCAAAGAAGAAUGGAGUAAACUGAGGAAAUUAUUUCGAUCGUACAACUUCAGGCUUUGUACGUUAACCUAUACGACCAUUGUGCUACAGGAACCACGAGUCACCUACCUCGCGGAUAGUGACUCAUUUAUACACGCGUGCGAUAAGCCGUAGAACCUGUACGUGUAUAUAUAACAGCUGGAACAUAAACUAGCAUUACUUAGUGACGCGACAAUGUUUUGGGCUCAACUCGUCUUCAUCGUCGGGGCAGUCAUGGUGAUCCCUUGUACGGGGUAUAUAGCACCAGAACCAGGACAACCAGGCGAAGUCGUAUGGAACUACGUCAUGAAUCCUUCCAUCCCACAAGAAGCGGUGGGCAGACAAGUCUUCUACAACCCUCCGACCAGAGUCUUCGGUAACAGCGUCUUUUACCCCCUGACAUACUACGGGCCGUGGGCACCCAUGAACGUGCCGCCCGUCUGGAAUUCUGCUCCGAGCGACUAUAAAACCAGAACGAAGAGAGACGUUUCGCAAUGGGACGGCCCUUCCGUGAAGCACCAGAGGGCCAAGAGGUUCUUUCCGUUCAUGUACGGAAUGCCUGGCAUGAUGAUGGGAGGCAUGCCUGGCAUGAUGGGAGGUUAUGGGACCGGCAUGGCUUCUGCAUCUGCGAUGUCUUCCGGGUCAUACGGAUCGAUGGGCUACCCUUUUAUGGGCUGAUAAGUGCAAGGCCAUUAACGGGACAAGCAUUGAAGUGUCAAUAUCGCAAUGCUCAGGGCUCAGUUUGGAAACAAAAGACAAUUUUUUUUUUGCAACACUCAAAAAUACCAUAAUUGCAACUCAUUCUAGCCUCACGGUGCUUUGUUCUUAGAAAAUAGUUACUACGUUCAUUUUUGUGUGUUUAUUUGAUAUGAAUCUAAACGGAUCAUAGAUAUUCCACAUAUUGGAACACAGUAUGAAAGAUCAGCUCCAGUCAGCCACGUGUUUGCCAGGUAACUGAGGCUUACGCUUGUAAAGAGCACGUGGCAGAAGCUUCCAGCCGUGUUCCAGUGUAUGGAGUGCAAUUUAACAGCGAAAGUAAGACAGGAGACUUUUUAUUUUUAUUUUUUCAAAGUGAUAGCAGGGCUAUCACGAUUAACAUACACGUUAAGCCCCUGGAAAAUUAUUUUUCAUUUGUCGUCUUUCAGGUGUCCAUUUAUAGUAGAUUUAUUUCAGAAAACACGUGUUUUUGCGAAACAUUUCCUUAAGAUAUGAAGCCGUCUAGGGAACGGACAGAUAUGUAACCGGAAGUAGACACUAGGACUUCUAACUUUCACCAUGUUGAAUAUUUCCUUUUUAGGUUAUUUGAUCUGUGAUUUUCCAACGUCAACUUACGAUUUAUAUUGUCUGAAACUUGUAAGCUGGUAGCUUGAAUUACUUAAGGUGCAUUUGAAACCUUGUGAAACACAUAUAUAAAAAUCGCUCAGUCUGCCUGUCCGUAUGCUUCAAACACCCCCAAGAACUUAUAAAAUGAUUUUAAAUAACUUUUGAUAUUUCAGAAUUUUACCCCCCAAAAAAGUCGAUGUGUUCAAAUUUUUAAUUCCAUCGAACAUUUUUGACGACAACUUCACGUGGAACAUAAAUAUAUUUUCGAAUUUAUUUGGAUGAGAAAUAUAUUCGUCAGGAGACAUCAAAUAAUUUUACGGGCGGUAUCGUGGAAAAUCAGCCUAAGAGUUAAAAUAUUAACACUUUCAUUCGCUUAUUUUCCAGAAUUAUUAAACUACGUCAUUCAGUAGCAUUUGACGUUUUCAAGGCGGUGAGUCUGAAGAUGGUUGUCUUCUGGGUUGUUGCGCCCUGAUGAUGGAGACCGCAAGGACCUCUGAAACGUCGGCAACAUUCUACCAGACUACACGGCGCAACAACCCAGAAAACAGAAAUCUACUUCAUUCAAAUUUUAAUUCAGCAAAUAAAAAUAUAAUUACGUCCUCUCUCCUCUGCAUCCGAUGACCAAGAUGAGCAUAGAACCGCAAAUUGCACAAUGCAGUCAUCUUACGUCGCCUGCUCUAUCACUAUGGUGACGGAUUUUCCAACAGUUCAUGUGUAACUGAUGUACAACGCAGCGCAUGUUAUUACACAGCUACCUACAAGAAUGUUCUAACUCACCCAGCAGAGUAGCUCGAGGUUUGAACCACAGUAUUACACACAAGCACAAAAUAAUAAAUGUAAUGUUCACAGACCACUAAAUAAAAUGGAUUCUACGUCUUCA